AUUUUGGAAGGUUCUAGUUGCUUUACUUCGAUUCCAGCGAACACUAGUUACCCAAGUAUUUAGCCACCACAACUAAAACCCUUGAUUACAACUUCUACAAAUCGUCAAAAACCCCUCAUUUCUCUCUCCUCAAUUUUUUCUGGGUAUUUCGCAGAGUUUGAAAAGAGAUGGCAAAGAGGCUAAUUCCCACAUUCAAUCGCAUUUUGAUUGAGAAAAUCACUGCUCCCACCAAAACAAAUGCUGGAAUCUUGCUUCCAGAAUCUUCAAACAAGCUGAACUCUGGGAAAGUGGUUGCUGUUGGUCCCGGAAGUCGUUCCAAUGAAGGGAAACUAAUCCCUGUUUGUGUGAAGGAGGGAGAUACUGUUCUUUUGCCUGAAUAUGGUGGCUCUGAGUAUAAGCUUGAAGAUAAAACGUAUCAUCUGUACCGGGAAGACGACAUUCUUGGAACUCUACAUGACUGAUUCUGAUUCAGUAGCGGUUUUGUGGCACGCUUAAUCCGAUUUGUAGGAGUUCCCCUCUCUCCCAAACAAUAAAAAAAAAAGUUACAAAAAAAGGAGUUCAUGAGCUCAAUUGACAAAGUUGAAAAGCUCUCCUUGAACAAUAUUUGAACCAAAAACGAGUCUUUGAAUUGCAGAAUUGAGGAUUUUGUUCAUGUUGUUAUUGUUUUUCAAUCACUUUGUUAUGAAAUUAGCAUAUAUGGUUUCGUUUUCUC